UGUCUACAAGGAUGACAACACAAAUUUCAUAUAUCCGUAGGCUCCUGAAAUUUUUCUCAUAUUCUUAGUGGAAACAGAUUUACGGCGCAUCUCUAAAAAAUUGAUCAACGCAAAAACAAUAUUACUGCACUAUGUUACGCAAAAAUAUAAUAGACUGGUUUUCCAGACCGCCUUUCUCCAAGAGCAACAUGAUCUCCUCGUACGUGUCUGCACAGAACGACAACUUCUAGAACAAGACAAGAGCGAAUUUCAUGGCAAACGCUCAGCAGAUGUGAAGCGACUAAAGGAAGAAGCCGGUGAAUUACAGCGUCGGGCUCAGAACGUCUUAGCAGCAGAAAGACAAAUUGAUGAAAUGAAGAAACAUUACGAAAUGAAAAUGCGACAGUUGCAAGAGCUGGAAAUGUCGUUAAUGGAGGAAUGUGUGGAAAUGGAAAACAUUCGAAAUCAGAUUUCGACGCAAAAAAUCCGGAUCUCCGAUAAGAGAGUGAGUUUUUUCGCGCAAGAAAACCAAGAAAAUUACUUACUUUUUCCAUCAAUUAAAGUCAUUAUCCACUUCAGGAACGAAAGCGUACGUACAGUCCUCAAGAAACAUUCGGAGUUCCUUGAACGAUACAUGGGUCAAAAAGUAGCCGCUGUCGCACCACGUCCAGCGAAUUUCGAUUCGCCUUAA